CGUGACGUCGCGAUAUCGCGCGGGCGCACGGAGUGUCCGCGGCGGUCGCAUAGUGUGUUUAUACGCGUGGCGCCGCCGCUAUCUCCGCCGCGAUACACGACACUCGCGCAGUACGAUAUACGUGUGCACGCGCGCAGUACGCGAUUCGCUACACUGCAUAUACACACACGCGCGCGCUGCAUUAUCAAUCUGCUGUCGUCGUCGUCGUCGCAGCCGCCGAGUGAUAUCCGGCAGCGAUGGGCUCGCUGCCCAACCUGCACGAGCUGUGCAAACAGCAACAGAAACAACAGCAACAGCAGCAACCGGUGUGCGUGCCCGCGGCCCCGAGGUUGUCGCCGUGCCCAGACCGCGGCGGUGGCAGCGGCACCGGCACCAGCCGCGCGCCGCACAGGCGACUCCAGCAGACCAACAGCCUGUGCACCAACAAUUUUUACGGCGUCAUCGACCGGCAAGCCGACAUGCAGAUCGACGAGAAACCGUUUUCACCGACGUCGCUCAGGUCGACGCUAUCCACCACGAAUCGUCAGGUGUGCGUCGCCAACGCGUCUUCGGCGAGCGGCAAGAGACGUGACUCGCUGUCCAGCUCGGCUGGAGCCUCGUCAGUGCGCCGCCUCAUCGAAGUGGUCCGAACGACCCCGUCCAACAUGGGUCCAGUGUACAGCCGGAGAUUGUUGUGCCGCAACUACGUCACACUGUGCCUUGGACACGGUGCGGCCGCCGCUGCUUUGGUUCCGUUUAUGGCAUUACAGGGUUCCAUAUCCGCUUGGUGGUGGCCGGACAAUUUGAAGCAGAAUGGUGGGUUUACCACCGUCACCACGGACAUUGGUUCUGUUCUGCUGUCUGCAAUGUUUGGCAUGGCAGCGAUGAGCGCACUGUUUGGGCCAACUGCUGUUCACCGGCUGGGCACCAGGACAUGUCUGGUUACCGGUUACCUGGUGUCUGUCGCUUUCGUCACCGUACAUCUGUACCCAAAGGUGGUGGUACUGGUGCCCGGUUACUUCCUGAUGGGCGCCUGGUUGGGAUGCUGGACGGCGUCCCGCACUGCUGUGCUCAUGGCGCUCGCAUCUAAAAUGGCAUAUGUGCUGUCCGACCGAGAGGAGUGUGAACUCGAGGGCAACGGUCGCCGAGAAGCGGUGGCCAGGAAUCUGGCUAGGGGACUCCAGGUGGCUCACGAUGUGGGCUUGAUCGCUGGAAACGCGUUCGUCGCGUACAUGAUAAGUGGCACGCGGACGGACGACAUCCUCGGAACCAUGUUUGCUAGGGACGGUGGAUCUGGAACAGAUCGGACUUGCGGCAGCGUCGCCUGCCCAUUGGUGAAUACGGUAGAACUCAAACUCGGGCCCACCGCCAACUUCUCGUCCAACCAGACGGUCACAUUGGUCGACGUUCGUAAUCACAUGGUCUUGCCAUGCAAAACCACGCAGCUAUUAGCCAGCGUCUUCGCCGGAUGCUGUUUCGUCGGCGUGGCUGUCACCGCGACUUUCAUGACCCGCAUUCGAUUAUUCGUGUACGCUUCCGCGUCUGAGAAACGAAAAUCGGACAGCGCCAGGUCGUUUGCUGCCGUCCGCGAUGCAUUCCGCAACACCAAACUUCAGCUCAUAGCUCCACUGUCGUUGUUCAUCGGACUCGAACAAGGAUUUAUCUAUUCCGAUUUCUCCAAGUUUUACGUCGUGUGUUCAGUGGGUGUGUCUAAGGUGCCCACAGUUUUGCUGAGCUUGGGACUGCUUCAACUGGUAGCCGGUUUUACUGUGAGUCUGAUCCUGCAACACAUCCGCCGGUACCAUAUAAUAGUGAUUGGGUUGGCGUUUCAUUCGUGUUUGCUAAUGGUGCUGAUGAAGUGGAAACCGUCCGGCGACGAUGCUGCGCUACUGUACGUCAUAGCAGCCGCCUGGGGUGUGUGCAAUGCCAUUUGGAACACACUGUGUUUCAACUUCGUGAUAUCUCUGUAUCCGGACUACUGGCACGGGCCGAUGGCGCACGGUUACUUCUUCCGGUACGCCGGCAUGGCGCUGGCGUUCGGAUUGCACAGCGUCGUGUGCAACACCACCAAACUGUACUGCUUGUCGGCCGCUCUGGUGGUGGCCGUGGUGCUGUACGGCUGGUUGGAGUGGCGAUUGCAGCUGACUGGCAAGCGGCGACGGACGGCCAACCGUUCAUCAUGACGACAGAUCGGAGCCUCGUCCGGCAAGUAACCCGCCACCGCGCAAGUCGUCAACCAGGUACGGUCGUACAGUCGUACUCGCGAUCUGAAUGAGCGGCCAUCUUGUGCCAUAGGUGUGCCGCAGGUCCGAAGAGUAUUUACGCCCAACACGUCUCUGCGACUGCAACAGCAGCCACCACCGCCGACGCUGCUGCUGUCAAUCGUCGUCGUCUGCAGCAUCGCACCGCAAAUAAUUAUUAUCUAUUAUUGUUUGAGCGCCGUCUGCAGCAUGGUGGUGGUAACGUCUCACCGAAUUAAACGAAUACAUAGCAAAAAAAUAUUAUUAUAUAUCCAGGGGCGUAAUUAAGGGUGGGUGGGGUGAGGGGAUAGAUCCUUUCAGGAGCCUUUGUAAUGUAUAUCUAUAUACCUACGUAAAUUGGCUACCACUUAUCACUGUACUUACUUGAAAAUUUAGUAUUUUGUGUGUAAAAAAAUGUCCAUCUCCCUCCAGGACAAAUUCCUAAUUACGCCAGUGAAUAAAUCUGCUAUCAAUUAUUAGCCGCAGCGGACCUUUACAAGGCAAACGGACAACUCACGGGCCCGCGCUGAUCAUUAUGUAUUAUUAUUAUUACCUACUUUAUAUUAUCCAACCGUAUUUGUUGUUUUCUUUUUAACGGGGCGUAUGUAUAAAAAUAUUCGUCUUGAAUACGUAAUAAUGUGUUCGUAUGAAUAAUAUACAGGGUGGUUUUUUUUUUAUUUAUUUAACGCGCCACUCGUAAUUUUAUAUAAAAAAAUCAAUUCAAUUUUCAUUUAUUUACAGCCUGCAGGUACCGGCUAACACCAAAAAACGGCAAACUCGAUUCGGAGAGAUAAUUUAGAGAACCGUUAAACCAAACUAAAACGAACCGAUUAAAACAGCCAUAUUUAACUAGUUGGUAUGUUCUGACAUGACGAGUGGUUGUUUAAAAUAAAUCACACUGUAUAAAUACGUAUGAUAAAAUAUAUAGCACAAUGUUAUGCGCGAAUAAAAUUGCGUUCAUUCUUAAAUACCAGAUCAGCUGAUAACAAACUUUUUUCAAGACCACCUGUACGAUUAUAAAUACGAUUUGCAGAAUUGGACAUUCCAUUGCUAUUUAUUCCUAACAAUUCAUAAACAAAUCGGACUUUGGAAUGGCACGCAAUAAACACACACCACUUCCGCCCACUAAUAGACUUUUGAAAACUCGCGCUAUACUUUAUCGUAGAUUAUUACCGUAAUACCCAUUAAGGCGGUAUGAUAAUACUACCAUCACGUUCUGUGCGCGUGAAACCCAGACACUUCAACCAAAAAGUA